GAUGAGAUAAAUCGUGAACCAGCAUACAUCGAGCCUGAAAGCCUCGUCACGGGAGACCGGACACGCGUGACUUAGAGGAGCGAAGCGAAAGAUCUAGGGUUCGGGGCUCAGGGGCUCUUUGUGCUGGGAGAAAGAGACGAUGGCGGUGGACGCGGCCCGCCCUCAGAAGCUCCGGUGGGGAGAGCUCGACGAGGACGACGGCGGCGACCUCGACUUCCUGCUGCCGCCGCGGGUGGUGCUAGGCCCGGACGAGAACGGGAUCAAGAAGACGAUCGAGUACCGGUUCGACGACGAGGGCAACAAGGUCAAGGUCACCACCACCACCCGCGUCCGCAAGCUCGCCCGCGCGCGCCUCAGCAAGCGCGCCCUCGAGCGCCGCUCCUGGCCCAAGUUCGGCGAUGCCGCCCGCGAGGACGCCGGCAGCCACCUCACCAUGGUAUCCACCGAGGAGAUCCUUCUCGAGAGGCCCCGCGCCCCAGAACUAUUUUUGCUAUCAGCGGACGUGCGCCAAGCAUUUGCUUUUGGAUCUUGGUGGGAUAUGGCAUGCUAUAAUAUUUUUGUUAGCGAUAA